AUGAUGCUUUUCAAGUCCCUGGCCGUUGCUUCGCUAGCCCUUUUGGCCAAGCAGGCAUCCGCAGCCUUUGGAAUUACUACCAGCACGUCUUCCUAUGUAAUCGAUGCUGGCUCUGCAAACCCCCUCAAGUUCACUGUCAGCAGGACAAACUGUGACAUUACUUCCAUCAAUUACUAUGGAUCGGAGCUUCAAUACCAGUCGACUGGGUCGCAUAUCGGAUCGGGUCUUGGUAGCGCAACUGUGACUGCGACUCAGACUGACGACUUCAUUAAGGUGACCUGCGAAACGUCCACCUUGACUCAUUACUAUGUUGUUCACAGUGGAGAUUCGACCAUACAUAUGGCAACAUAUACAACUGCCGAACCUACUGUUGGAGAACUUCGAUACAUUGCACGCCUGAAUGCAGACCUACUCCCCAAUGAAGAGCCAUUCGGCGAUGUGUCCACUAUUGCAGAUGGUACUGUUAUUGAAGGAGAGGAUGUGUUCUUGGUUGAUGGAGAAACACGAAGCAAGUUCUACUCUAGCGAACGGUUUAUCGAUGACAAGAUCCACUGUGUUUCUGGAAGCGCACACCGCGUCUGCAUGAUCUUGAAUCAAUAUGAGACGUCCGCUGGCGGACCUUUCCAUCGUGAUAUCAACACCAACAACGUUGGCUCUUACACUGGCCUGUAUUGGUACAUGAAUUCCGGACACGUUCAGACCGAAACCUACCGCCAGGGCCUGCAUGGCCCGUACUCGAUGACCUUCAGCCGAAGCGGUACCCCCAGUUCUAAUAUUGACACAUCGUUCUUCGCCGACCUCAAUAUCAAAGGAUACGUCGCUACGUCUGGGAGAGGCUAUGUCAAGGGUACUGCAUCUGGGGCUGACUCGAAUUUCAAAUGGGUCGUUCACUGGUAUAAUGCAGAUGCACAGUACUGGACCUACGCUUCAUCUUCCGGCGCUUUCACCUCUCCUGCCAUGAAGCCCGGUACCUACACUAUGGUAUACUAUCAGGGUGAAUAUGUCGUCGGCACCUCCUCAGUGGUUGUUAAGGCCGGAUCAACCACGUCGCAGAAUAUCUCGGGGUCUGUGAAGACCGGAACAACAGUCUUCAAGAUUGGAGAGUGGGAUGGGACACCAACUGGCUUCCUCAAUGCUGACAAGCAGCUCCGAAUGCAUCCCUCUGACACCCGCAUGUCUUCCUGGUCCCCAGCCACCUACACAGUCGGCACCUCCGCAGACUCCUCUUUCCCCAUGGCCAUAUUCAAGUCGAUGAACUCACCUGUGACAAUUAAAUUCACGGCAACUUCUUCGCAGACAGGAGCUGCAACACUGAGAAUUGGCACCACGCUUUCCUUUGCCGGUGGUCGGCCUCAGGCUGUGAUUAACAAAUAUUCGGGUGCCAUCCCGGCUGCCCCGACUAACCUCAACUCCCGUGGCGUGACUCGUGGCGCGUAUAGAGGGUUUGGUGAGGUUUAUGAUGUUUCUAUUCCGGCUGGAACUAUCGUCGCUGGAUCUAACACCAUCACCAUCAGUGUUGCUUCUGGUAGCUCCGGGGAGACCUUCCUGAACCCGAAUUUUAUUUUCGAUUGCGUGGAGCUCUUCCAGUAA